AUGGCUCGCCGUUACUCUUGUUCGGACAAGAAGAAAUGGACCGCUGACACCUCUUCUCCGCCUCCACCCUCUCGCUGUGCUCCUGUCCGUAUUCCAGCCAGUGACCCGACAGGACUAAUAGCUGAAAACAAGCUCACUAUCAUAGGAAGAAUUAAAAACCCUAAAUUCCAAAGACCACGUGCUGUUAUCGAUUUUCUCCCUCAAGUAUGGAACUUGGAAGGACGUGUGGUGGGUCGAGAACUGGGACUCGAAAAAUUCCAGAUCCCCCUCCAUUACUGGGAUGAGAAAGCUGUUGAAACUAUCAGCGACCAGCUUGGACAUGUCUCAAGCAAGAAUGUGAAAGAAGCCAAGUUUCGAGUGGAGGCGAAUCGCCCCCUUCCUUUGGAAAUGAAAAUGGAAAUUCUUCUCCCCUCUGAAGAAGUAACUGAGGUGGAAUUUUAG